CGGCUCGAGGCUGUCGACCGGCAAACCGACAGAUCUCCUCCAGCGCAGAUAGCUCCAUCUGCAGCCCCUUGGUGAGUAUCACGAGCGCUACCGGCUUCACGUAUCGAGCGAGGGCUGGCGAGGCCUCUGUCGGUCCCUCCUUGCCCGAGUACACUGUCUUAUGCUCGCUCUUUUGCGCUUGCUUUCUUUCAGACUAUUGCCUUUCCUUUGGCCCUGUACGUUCUAGGACAGACAUCUGCGGUGCCCCUCGCAAGCUCUACCGUCGAUACAUACGUCCUUGCCGCCGUCUCUGUUCUCACCAAAAGCCGAGCAUCUCUCCUUCACGAUCAGGAACAGGUCAAACAGCGCACCACUCGAGGUCAUCUCCCUUCCUUCUAGGUUCUGAUCAUGCUCUCAUCCUUCUUGUUGCUUUCCUUCUAGAUCCUCACUCGUUCUUGUGUCUCUGCCUCGAAGCCCAACAGCUGUUACCCUCGCGUCUGACAAGGCCAGGGACUGACACGAUGACAGAGGAAAGCGCUCCGGUUGCCUCUACUUCUGCCGCCGAGGGAGAGAUCUCAGCGCCGGCAGUCAAGAGACAGAGAUCCAACUCGCUCGCUGCUGCCAAUACCGAGACAGAAGCGAAACGGCCCAACCUGUCCAAUGACGAACUUACCGGGGCAACAGCGGUAGCGAGUACAGCUACUGCUCCGCCCGCUACCACCGCGUCUGUUGCGAUAGACGCUCCUCCUGCACCUGUCGCGGCAAGCAGUCCAGGUGAACUAGGCACGUCAGAUCCUGCAGGCAUUCGCAAUGGCACAGAUUCGGGCGCGCUCUCACCCCCACCUCCGCCCUCUGCGACUGGCUCGGGCGCUGCGAUCGCGACGGCUGCCAAUCCUCAUGUCACUCUGCGUGCUCUGAUUGUCACGCAAGACGCCAGCAUCAUCAUUGGCAAGGGCGGUCAGUCGAUCAAGGAAAUUCGCGAAAAGGCUGGCGUCAAAGUCCUCGUGUCCGAAUCGAUCCCGAAUAAUCCAGAGCGUAUCUUGAAUGUUUCCGGUCUACUCGAUGGCGUCUCAAAGGCCUUUGGUCUGAUUGUUCGUCGCAUCAAUGACGAGCCCUUCGACGUGCCUUCUGUGCCUGGUUCACGUGCAGUCACAAUCAGAUUCAUUGUGCCGAAUCAUCGCAUGGGAUCCAUCAUCGGCAAGCAAGGCGCAAAGAUCAAGGAGAUCCAAGACGCUAGCGGCGCUCGCCUGCAGGCUACCGAAUCAAUGCUUCCCGGCUCCACAGAGCGCAUUCUAUCCAUCUCAGGCGUAGCAGAUGCCAUCCACAUCGCGGUCUACUAUACCGGAGCCAUCCUUGCCGAGCAUAGCGAUCGUGCCGUCAACAACACGCCUUACCGUCCCGGUCUUCCUCCCACAUCCUAUGGUCCUCCGCCGCCCCGUCCUGGCUCUGGCCCGAGUGCAGGUGGCUACUAUCCUCCCGCGCCACCCCAUCACGAUCCCUACCGUGUUGCAGCUCCCAUGGUCAAUCCGACAGGUUAUCACGAUCCCUACCGUGGCAUGGGUGGACCUCCUGCCGCUAUGGCGCCUCCCCAACACGGCCAAGCUCCUCAGCAGCACUUCGCCGCCCCGCCUGUUCAGGGUAUGCCUCCCGCACAAGCCCAAGCGACGACUUCCGCAAUGCCCUUUGGACCGCCUCCCGUUGCUACUGGACCCGUCGGUCCCAACCAGACCCAGCAAGUCUAUAUCCCCAACGAGCUCGUCGGACCUAUCAUCGGCAAAGGUGGCUUGAAGAUCAACGAGCUCCGCAACAACUCGGGCGCGCACAUCAAGAUCAUGGAGCCCUCUGAAGGUGGUCUCAAUCCCAACGGAGAGCGUCUUGUGAAUGUGUCCGGUCAGCCUGCUAACAUCCAGAUGGCCGUACAAAUGCUCUACCAACGUCUCGAGCAGGAAAAGGCAAACAAAAUGAAUCAGGGCUAUAGCGGCUACUAGCUAUUCUCAUGACGACGUCUCGCAGCUGAGCAGUGUAUCACGAGGUCUAGAUUGUUCAGCAAAUGAAAGCGAUAGCUUGCUUAGCAUCAGCAAAGCUCAUUGCAUGUCAUCAAUUUCCAUGCUCGUC